AUGUUGAUCACGGUGUACUGUGUCCGGCGGGACCUGAGCGAGGUGACCUUCUCCCUGGAGGUGGACCCGGACUUCGAGCUGGAGAACUUCCGGGCCCUGUGCGAGCUGGAGAGCGGGAUACCCUCCGACCAGGCCCUGAUCAUCUAUGCAGAGAGACCCCUGACGGACAAUCAGCGCUCGCUGUCCUCAUACGGGCUGAAAGACGGCGAUGUGGUGAUCUUGAGGCAGAAGGAUCCAUCGGAGGCGCGGCCUGCAAACCCAUUACCAGUAGGACUGCCCAGGAUUGAUUUCAGCAGUAUCGCUGUUCCCGGGACCUCCAGCCAACAACCCCCGCCUGCCCCUCAGCCCCCUCGGCCCCCCGCUCCAGAUUCAACAACCUUUCCUCAGGGGCUGGACAACCCGGCUCUGCUGCGAGAAAUGCUGCUGGCAAAUCCCCAUGAACUGUCCCUGCUGAAAGAACGGAACCCACCCCUGGCGGAGGCACUGCUGAGCGGGGAUUUGGAAAGAUUCACAAGAGUCCUCCUGGAGCAACAACAAGAGCGAGCCCGCAGGGAGCAGGAGCGGAUACGGCUCCUCUCUGCCGAUCCCUUCGACUUGGAAGCCCAAGCCAAGAUAGAGGAAGACAUAAGGCAGCAGAAUAUAGAAGAGAACAUGACGAUCGCCAUGGAGGAGGCUCCAGAGAGCUUCGGUCAGGUGGUGAUGCUCUAUAUCAACUGCAAGGUGAACGGGUACCCUGUGAAGGCGUUCGUCGAUUCAGGGGCCCAGAUGACAAUCAUGAGUCAGGCCUGCGCCGAGCGUUGUCACAUCAUGAGGCUGGUGGACAGAAGGUGGGCCGGGAUCGCUAAGGGGGUCGGCACGCAGAAGAUCAUUGGCCGAGUCCAUCUGGCUCAGGUACAGAUCGAAGGCGACUUCCUGCCCUGUUCCUUCUCCAUCUUGGAGGAGCAGCCGAUGGACAUGCUGCUCGGCCUCGACAUGUUAAAGAGACACCAGUGCUCCAUCGACCUGGAGAAGAACGUGCUGGUGAUCGGCACCACGGGUACUCGUACUAGCUUCCUGCCUGAGGCCGAGCUCCCGGAGUGCGCCAGACUAGCAUACGGGCCGGGCAGGGAGGACAUGCGUCCGGAGGAGAUCGCGGAUCGCGAGUUGGCGGAAGUAUUGCAGAAGUCGGCUGAUGAAGCAGAGCAGCAGAAACCUUGA